UUAUGCAUCGAUGCAUCAAAAUUGAUAAGCUGUUCAUAUCAAAUAUGUGAAACCGAUAAACAAAGGGCGCUAAAUGCAUUAGCUGAAUUUAUUUGCGUGCGGCAUGAUAUUUACAAAAAGCAUUCCGCAUGCCUUACAUCUGUUAUUACCUCAUCAGAGGGAUCAAAAUGCUUAGCAUCGUUCCUUCCGAAAGCAUCAGAACAACAGUGCUCAUUCCUGGCAAAUGUUGCUAAUUGCGCCACGCCAUAUAUUUACAGUACUUGUGGAUAUGAAGCAUUAACCUUAUCUUUCGAAGGAAUGAAUAUAUUUGCUAAUCAAUUAAAUAAAUCAUGCAAUAUACAAAUUCCUAUAGCAUCGGUAAAAACAAGUUGUACCGAAUCCGAUAUUGUUGAAUAUUUACAAUGCGAAAAUUUGAUUGAUCAUUUCACCUUUACACCAUUUUCAUUUAUCAGGAAUAGUUCACAAUGGGAUGAAUUUUGUGACGCAAUUAAUGAUUAUGAAAAUUGCUUAUCAAAUAUGUCUUGUCGUGUGGAGCCUAUUUCAUCAGCAAAUAUUGCACUUUUCCGGACAAUAUGUGGAAGCGAAGAAUCGACGACAAAACGUUAUCUGCCAUGCCUUACUCAAUUUAUCAACAGUGAUAGUGGCCAAAAGUGCAAUGAACCAUUUGUCGGCUUGGAUUUACUGGUGAAAGAUGGUUCGCAAAAAAUUUGUUCAACCUUAGGAAAUAUAUUUUCUUGUGCAGCACCGGAAUUAUCAGCACAAUGCACCGAAGAGGCUUUAAAGCAUGUUACAAGCAUGCUUCUCAUAUGGGUACGAAAAUUCGAUCCUAACUGCUCAAUUUCCGGAUACGAUAGAAUUAAAGAUCCAAGAGCGGAAGAAGAUUUCUCAGUUGAUUCCGGUCCAACACAUAUUUCAAUUGAUCAAACUGUAUUACCGCCUAUUACUUCUUCAUCAUCAUCAAAUCCGGAACCUGACGCCAGUUCACUAGCAUCUGACAGCCUUCCGGAAGUAACUGUUAGCAGCGUUCAUUUACCAGAAUUCGAAUUCAUAACUAAGUCACAAUCGGAAUCAAUUUUAACAUCCGAUACUGAAUUUGUGCCUGACUGGAAGGCAGCCAUGUCAUUAACAGAACCACCAGUUCCAGAACCAAAUCUCGAACCAACAAAUACAGAAAAUAACUUAACCGAUUCUGCUCCAUCUUUCCAAUCAUCCGCAAAUUUAUCAUCGAAAUUUGAAUCAGCUAAUGCUAAAAAAUCGAAAAUGCAGGGUAUUGUUCUUUUCGAAAUUUCGGAUUUUUUUUUUGAAAUCUAA